GAUACACUUCCGGUUCCGGUUUAGCGCUGCUCAAAACGGCUUCGUCUGUAAACACGUAAAAUCAUUUCAGAGGGAGUUUGCUCCGAGUCCUUGUUUACUAUUAUGCAAAGACCACAUUUCCGACACCCAGCAAAUUCAGCUGGACCACCCCCGAGGCCAGGAGGAUUCCGGAGUCCGCCGCCAGGUUUCAUAGGUGGACAAGGUGGCAUGUGCUCUCCCCCAUGGGCGUUUGCAGGUGCCCCACCGUCGCCAUUUGGACCGCGAUUUGGACAAUAUUGUGGUUCUCCAAAUACGCCUCCGAGAGAUUUUAGAGGUAGUAGCACUAACGAUAGUUUUAACCGCAGCAGUGGAAGUGGUGGCAAAACAAGGCCGUAUGGUGCUUCUCCAGGCCAGCACACACCGCGUAGACAGUAUGAGAACCAUCGCGGUUUUUCGCCCAGACACUCGCCGUUUCAGUCACCGAGUCCAAGGCACAGCGGAUAUCAGGGCUCACCCCGGAGUUCCACACCGUUCAGGUCACCGCAUGGCAGGGAAAGGGUGGCAGAUAAUGUGGAAAAGUAUUACAGACCGUCAAUGCUACAAGACCCUUGGGCUAAUCUCCAGCCAGUGUCCGUAACAGAUGUACAGCAAAAAUGCGGUACACCGAAAGUAACAGGCAGGCAAGGCAGAUACUACAACUAGAACUUUAUGGACUUCAAACAUCGGUGACCGAUUCUAUAUCUUUUUUUUACAUUGGAUGACAACCAUGCAGCCUGACUUGCGUGUUCUCAUUGUCAGAAUUGAGAACGUGUAGCGGCUUACAUGUUUGAUGCUUUGGACAUAACGGAGGACUUGAUGUCAAGAUUUUACCAGCGUCACGGGAAGUUGACUUGUUAUUACCCAGACCCAGCACUGCCUUCUGGUGUUUAAGAUUGAUACUAGGGAACUUUUGACUUGUCAGUGGCUCAGCCGUUGAUAGUUGGACGCGCAGCUUGUGUCUCGUAUGCAAGUCAAACUUCAUUUUCCGCAUCUCAUGAGUUGUGAGGCUAUCUGCAAGUCUUAAUUUGCAGAUUUAGUGUUUGGCGUUUGAUUUAAUUGUUAAUCACUGAUCUGUUUUUUUUCUGUUUUUAUUUUUUUUUACAAAAAUACAUUAUGCAUACAAUUAAGAUGUAUGGAGUCGGAAUAUGGAUAAACCAACACAUUGAGGAAAAGUUGCAUUACCAGCAAGACAACUUUGUUGAACAAAGUUUUUUUUAUAUAUAUAUUUUUAAGUCCUUUAAUAUACGAAGCCAUAUGCAAUACAAUUGAUUCAACUCAGGACUUUCUAAUGUCGGGUCUUAAAUAUUUUAAAGCUCAGUUGUACUUGUGUAGUCAAUGUUUAUUGUUAGUUUGAAUUAGUGAAAGGUCCUUCUGUUGGAUGUAUGAGGAAAGCAAAAUCCUAAUGUCAUAUAUCUUGGCCUAAACUCGGGGAUGGUAUCAUGACACCAGUUUUUAAACUCCAAUGUACUUUAUAUGUAUAUAAAUACAUAAAAUCCAGAGAUU